AAAUUAUUCGUCUAUUAAUUUUCGUCUCUCAUGAUCCUGUGGUAAUGAAGAUUGAAAUUGGAAAAAAAACAUCAAAUAAAAUAAAUAAAAUGACAGUAAAUGUGUAAAAAAAUGAAAAAUCGAUUAACGGUAAAAUGCGGAUGUUGAAUUUUGUAGGUAAAAGGCUAUUGAGCUUGGAUGCAUUUACACGCAUUUUACGAUUAGAUGAGAGAUUGCAAUAUUGGUGAAUGCAUAUAGUAUAUAGAUUAUGAUGCACAUACCUAACUAGUGUGUCGUGCAGUUACGAAUGAAUUAGGAUGAUAUACAAGUUAAAUCCAGUUCAUAUAUAUAUAAUGAUAUCUUGGGUAAUCUCGGGGGUUGGCUUCAACCGUUUACUAGUGAAUUUGUGAUCAGUUCAACACUUGUCGCUGCUACGCUAACAUCUCUGUAUUAAUCGGUUGCAUUACCCUUUUUAUUGACUGUCAAAUAAAAAAAAAUGAGGUCCAUCAUCUUUUUUCUUUUAGCAGGUCUGUGUUGGACGGAGGCUGCUGAUUGGUCCUAUGAGGGUAAUCAUGGUCCACAAAAUUGGCCUGGAUUAUGCAGAUCUGGCAAGAAACAAUCUCCAAUUGAUAUCGCUUCUGAUGCUGCAAUAAAUACAGACUUGGGAGCUUUAAAAUUUGUUCGCUAUGAUUUUGCUUUCUCCGGUAUGAUUAAAAACACAGGACACACAGUGCAAAUUACUUUGACUGGUGUUCCAAUUAAUCUAAUGGGUGGAGGUUUACCAACCACAUAUGUUUUGGAGCAAAUUCAUAUUCACUGGUCUGCGGAACAUAUCAUCGAUGGUGUUCGAGAUCCGAUGGAAUUUCAUUUUGUCCAUUAUGACAAAGAAUUUGAAAAUGCUACAUCCGCCAGCAAAUAUCCGAAAGGCAUUGCCGUUCUAGCUGUUCUUUUCGAGUUAAGUGAUAAGGACAAUGAAGAUUUACAUCAUAUCAUCAAGGCGGCAAAAUUAGUAUCGAAUUGGGUAGGACCGAGUAUGGCCGAAAUUGAUUCAAAAGUGAUACCAUCGCUUCUUUUACCGAAAGAUCGUUCAACAUUUUAUCGAUACGAGGGUUCCCUGACGACUCCAGGUUGUCAGGAAUCUGUUAUUUGGACUGUCCUCACCGAAAAAUUGCCAGUUUCCGAAUCACAGAUGAAAAUUCUCAAAAAUGUCAUGUCAAGUGACGGAAAUAUAAAAUCCAACUACAGACCAAUUCAAGAACUCGGCUCACGAGACGUUUAUCAUCACAUCGAAGGAUAUUCGUCUUCAUCAGCUGUUGAAUCCAGUUUAUUAAUUACAGUCCUAAGCUUCUUGAUUGUUAAAUUAAUAACAAUUUAAACAUUUUACUUAGAGGAAUUUAAAAGUUCACGUGAUAAAUUAAUUCCAUAAUUUGCCAUAUUUAAAUGAAUCGCAUUAUCAAUAUGUGCCAUACUGUUGUAAAAUAUUUCUAUUUUUUUCCUAAUUUGUUAAUAAAAUUAUUAAUUUAAUUGUUAUAGUUACAUAUAAUAGAGAUAUAAUUAUAGUCACAC